UCAGUUAGUGUCGAGUUUUCAAUUCGCUUGUAUCCAAAGGGGAAUACUAAAGCGGAUACAAUGAAGAUUAUUGAAGGAGGCAUUUUGUUAUUCGCUGUAAUAACAGCAGCAUCGGCAACAUUCGGAACAAUUAACGUUGAGUGUCCACCUGCGGUAGCUCGUGGAAUCGGAGUCAAGGCGACGAGUAUAGGGAUAAAGCCUCAAUACUUUGUAUCAAGCUCAGUCAUCAAUGCAGAAAGCCAGAGAUCCGGUUCAGUCGCUGGCACACGAAAGUCAGGGCUCGGUCUAGGCCCAGAUGGUGUUAUCGCACCAAUAUUCCCACCGAUUGGCGAUCUUUGUUUCCCCCUCGCUAAUAGCCAGACGGACAAUAAGCGGCCUGUUGUUUAUCCCGCGAGGGCAGUUAUUCCUAUUCAACCGGGACAAGUACUUUCAUUCGAUGGUAAUCCAAGUGAUGUCAGCAUUUGUCGCGCUAAAAACUACGGAGGCUACCCCAUCUAUCCAGCAGGUUACUCCCCACUACCAGGAGGCUACUCUCCCAACUACGCAGGAGGCUACCCUCCCAACUACGUAGGAGGCUACCCUCCCAAGUACGCAGGAGGCUACCUUCCCAACUACGCAGGAGGUUACCCUCCCAACUACGCAGGAGGCAGCAGUCCCGAUAAAUACGGAGAAGGCAGUGGUCCUAAUAACUACUUGGGAGGCAGUGGUCUCGAUAACCACGGAGUAGGCUACCCCUCCAGUAACUACGGAGGAGGCUACUGCCCCAACUGCAAGGGAGGCAGCGGGCCCAAUAACUACGCAGGAGGCUACUGCCCCAUCUGCAAAGGAGGCAACGGACCCAAUAACUACGGAGGAGGCAAGUGCCCCAUCUGCAAAGGAAGUGGCGGCCCCAAUACCUCCGGAGGAGGCUACUGCCCCAUCUGCAAUGGAGGCAGCGGCCCCAAUCCCUACGGAGGAGUCUACUACCCCAACUAUGAAGGAGGCAGCGGUCCCAAUAACUACCCAGACAAUGGUGCAGAUUCUGGCUGUCCAACAUGUUCUGGCUCAUCAAGCCCUGCGCACAGAUACCCAUCGUCGAUUUAUGGCUCCCCCCAAGACAUACUAAUCGGUUUCCAAAAACCAGGUGCCACUGGACAAUCCCCUGCAGGACAAUUCAGACCCGCCAUUGGUUUCAACAGCGGGCCACGUGGUAAAUUUAUGGUGUUUUCACGGGCACUCAAUCCUACCCAAGGUAGUGGUGAUGCUAGAGGAACUGGCGGACAGGUUCCAAUUAGUGAGCUGGACGCCGGAGCCGCUGCCCCUUAUUUAUCCUUCGAUGAUCAAGAGAAACUUUAUAACGGUGUCGUAAAGACAACCCCAAACGCCCGAGCUGAUCCAGUGUCCAUUGCCCUUGCUUACAAAAACCUCCUUGGACCCCUCCAAAAUCUGUACCACAGUGGAGGUAAAAAAAAGGGUGCAGCUGAAUCAUCGCUAUAUUUCGGACCCAAAACAAUUCCCGCCGAUGGACGCAAGGAAAUUGUCGAAAAAGAUUUUCCGGAGGAGAAACUGCAUACCGUUGAUAAAACCAUUGUUCAACUGAGGCCCGAGGGCUCCACUUCUGCUCAACAUGGUCCAUGGUCUUCUGAGUGUGACGAUGAAGAUGUUGACCAAGGUGAACCCUUGUCGAAGGGGCGAGUCAGCACACUAACGUUGCCCGACCAGGGCAGCAGCGGAGCUAGUAUCACUUAUAGUGACUUGGGAUAUGUACCAGUAGGCACUACAAGUGACAAUGCUGAAAGUCAGCAACCUACGUUCAACGGACCUACGCUCGAUGAGCGUGAUAUUAAUUUGUGCCAAAUCAGCGCCCCCCCUCACCCCCAUUUCGUACAUGGAGGUGUCACCUUCGAAACACCCAAUAAUUAUAACGUUGUGCAAGGGGGUUGUUCUGAAUGUCGAGGCUGUAGGGAUCGGUACGAUGAUAAUUCAUCCGAUGCCGGAGACGACGAAGGUGAAGAAGGUUCCGGUGAAGAUGAUGAAGGAUUAGCUGAUAUUUGCCAAGAUAUUGAUACUCUCAGCAAACACAGGGUCAAAUUCGGAAAAUUCACAGGUGGAAGAUUGAGCCGAUUGUGGCAUUCAGCGCGUGAUCCUUCGAGAUUGAUCGUGUAGAGAAAAAAACCGAAGAAAAAUGAAUAGCAUUAUUUUGAAUCAGAAGGCUGAUGGGGGGAUUUUGAGGCGAUUAUGAAUGUCGCUUGAACUAGUCGAUUUCCUUCAAAUUAAUAUAGAAAUGUUGUCGAUAGUUGUGAGAACAUGAGCAAUUGAUGAAUUGUUAGAGACCAAUAAAUAAUUGUUUGAAAUUA